AUGCAGCACCAUGCAACACCGUCUUCACAGUUUUCACAUUCAUAUUUGCCUUCCAUGGACGACGGGAUGCGAUCCCAUCAUCGCUCACACCACCUAGGUCUUCAUGAGGAUGACUUUGACGAUUCGGACGAGCCAAAUAUUGUACGGGAGCAAGACCGUCUGCUUCCGAUUGCAAAUGUGGCCAGGAUCAUGAAAAUGGCCGUCCCCUCCAAUGCAAAGAUAGCAAAGGACGCCAAGGAGACCGUCCAGGAAUGUGUUUCUGAAUUUAUUGCAUUUGUCACCUCGGAGGCUUCCGAUCGAUGCCAGCAGGAAAAAAGAAAGACCAUAAACGGCGAGGAAAUCUUAUGGGCCAUGGAAUCUCUGGGAUUUGACCAUUAUGUGCAGCUGCUGAAGAUCUAUCUGCAAAAGUACAAAGAGACAUUAAAGCUGGACAAAGAUGGCUCUCCCUCGCUCAGCAGCAUACAACUGCUUCCAGGACAUCAACACCAGAUGCAUAGACCGAUCAGCCUGGAUGACCAAGGUCGAUUAUUGGGCCCCACAUCUCUCUCUCUCUUCCACUCAGGCCAUCCCUCUCGCAACUGA